GCGAGAAGGCGUUGGCAUUCGGAUCCAGUGGGACAAGCUCAGUCGCGCCUCCUUCAUCAACCGAUGGAACCCGUGGUCCACGAGCAUCCCGUACGUCACCUUCACCGAGCACCCGAUGGCAGACGCUGACGAGAAGGUCGCGUCCCUUUGCCUGCUGGAAAACUUCAAAACUCAGCUCGUUCAGGCUGUGAAGAAGGCGCACAAGGAGCAGCCGCUGCCGGGCAGGGCUAACGGCGUUUUGGUGCUGGAGCGGCCGCUCCUCAUCGAGACCUACCUGGGGCUGAUGUCCUUCAUCAACAACGAGGCCAAGCUCGGCUACUCCAUGACCAGAGGCAGAUUUGGAUUUUAG